CAAGGGCUUGGCCGCCAUGCUCGCCUAGUCUCGAGAACUCUUUAUAAAUUAGUACACCUCGCCGACACUGCAGUUCCACGAAAACGGAUACGAAGUCCAGGACCCCCGCAUCAAGCAUGCGCGCGGCUAUGGGCUUAACCGCAACCCCGGGGCGGCCGAGCGCGUCGACCUCCCCGCCGAGCUCGACGUGCUCAUAGUCGGCGAGGGUCCGGCGGGCAUGACGACGGCGGCACAGCUCAGCGCGUUCCCCGAGCUCAACGUGCGUCUCGUUGAGAAGCGGCCGAUCAUGCUCCUCGUCGGCCAAGCGGACGGCAUCCAAGCGCGCUCGGUCGAGACGUUCCAGGCGUUCGGGUUCGGCAGCCGCAUCGUCGAGGAGAGCUACCGCAUUACAGAGAUGGCCUUCUGGAAGCCUGACCCGGCCAACCCGAAGAACAUCAUCCGCACAGCCAUAGCGCCCGACGACCCCGCCGAGAUCUCCGAGUUCCCCCACAUCAUCAUCAACCAGGCCCGCGUCAUGCAGUACUUUGGCGACUUUAUGCGCAACGGACCCAGCAAGCUCGUGCCCGACUACGGGAUAGAGUACGUCUCGUACCGCCUCGACGAGGGGCAUGAGUAUCCCGUCGAGGUCACGCUGCGGCGGGAUGGCACGCACGAGUUUACUGUGCGUACGAAAUACCUCGUCGGGGCGGACGGGGCGCGCUCGCAGAUCCGCCGCGACAUCGGCGCCACGCGCCUCGGCAAACAGGCGCUGCACGCGUGGGGCGUGAUGGACACGCUGAGUGUGUCCGACUUCCCGGACCUGCGGACCAAGUGCGCGAUCCAGUCGAGCGCCGGCUCGAUCCUGCUAAUUCCGCGCGAAGGCGGGCAGCUUACGCGCAUGUACGUCGACCUGGGCGACCAGAACGAGAACGAUGCCGGCGCCGUGCGCAAGACCACCAUCACGCAGAUCAUCCAGUACGCCAACAACAUCCUGCAUCCGUACAAGAUCGACGUCAAGGACGUCGCGUGGCACUCGGUGUACGAGGUCGGGCACCGCGUCACGGACCGCUUCGACGACGUGCCCGCUGCUGAGGUGGGGAAGCGCGACCCGCGGGUCUUCAUUCUCGGCGACGCAUGCCACACGCACUCGGCCAAGGCCGGGCAGGGGAUGAAUGUGAGCAUCCAAGACGGCUUCAACUUGGCGUGGAAGCUCGGCCAGGUGCUCAUGGGUGUGGCGCCGCCAACGCUGCUCGCGACGUACACGGGCGAGCGGCAGGUGAUCGCGCAGAACCUCAUCGACUUUGACAUGCAGUGGUCGUCGUUGAUGGCCGCCAAGCCUGAGGACUUUGACAGCCCGACAGCGCUCGAAGACUUCUACGUCCGCACCGCCGAGUUCCCCGCCGGCUUCAUGACGGAGUACCAGCCCGGCUUCCUCACGGGCGGCGCGGAGCACCAGGCGCUCGCGCGCGGAUACACGCUCGGCAAGCGGUUCAAGUCGACGCUGGUGUCGCGCCGCUCAGACGGCAACCCCGUGCAUCUCGGCCACACUGCGCUCGCGGACGGCAAGUACCGCGUGUAUGUGUUCGCAGACCCGCCCAAGGCCGGGCAACCGAGCCGCACGGCAGACCUCGCGCGCUGGCUGCAAGAGGACGAAGCGUCGCCCGUUCCCGGCCGCGAGCACUGGUUCGACGUCAAGGUCAUAUACCAGCAGCGGCACAACGAUUUCGAGCUCCUUGAUGCGCCACCCGUCUUCCGUCCCAAGUAUGGCAAGUUCGGGCUGAUGCAGUACGACCGCGUGUUCGGUGUGCAUCCCAAGGUGGACAUCUUCGAGGAGCGCGGGCUGUCGCGGGACGGCGUGGUUGUCGUUGUUCGUCCUGACCAGUACGUUGCGCAGGUCCUGCCUCUCACGGCGACCAAGGAGUUGGGCGAGUACUUUGCGCGAGUCAUGCCGCGCGGGUUGCAGAAGAAGAAGGAAGUAAAUGGGUCUACGGCGGCGUCAGAGUCGGUCAAGGUGAAUGGAUCGGGAGGGCCAUGAGUUGUAACAUGUUGGCUGUGUACAUGAGAGAUGGGAGCUGGAGUAGUGCACAAUGC